UCCUUUCUGCCCGUAACUUCCGAACCCAACAAUUACCCUCCCUCCGCUACCCCGCUCUGCAGGUCGAGGGCGCGUGCUUGCCCUUGCUGCUUAGUUUGUUGCGACGCACUUCGGUGCCGCGCGCUUGUUUCCUUCCUUCCUCCCUCACGAGGGUGCUGCCUGCCUGUGGCUUGGCGAUUCGGGAACUUGGUAUUCGGAUCCGCGUGUGCCCUGCCUCGAGAGCUGUGUGAGGUGUGGGUGUCUGGAUUUGGGGGCGGAUCGGCGCAGAUCUGGAGGCCCAUGAGUAGGCGGCGGCGAAGGGGUAGCGGGAGCGAUGCGGUGCUGCGGACGAGGAGGUGAGCCUGCGUGGCAAGGUGAUCCUGGAGGAGGGGACGGCAGCGGGGGUGGUGGUGGCGGAGGAGGAGGCUGGAGGGAUGGAGGACGUCGUAGCGGUAGUAGCCCCGCUAGCCGCGCCGUCGGCGCCGGCGUUUAGCCCCGCGGCGGCGGGGCUCACGCUGAUCGCCGCCGCGUCCGCGGACCCCAUCGCGGCCGCGGUUGUGGGGGCCAUGGAGGGGGUCCCCGUGCUCGUGCCCUCGGUCAGGACGGCCUCGGCGGUGGAGGACGACGUGCUGGCCCCAGAAGCGGGAGGGGGACCGGCGUCGGCGGCGGGGAGCCCGUGCUCGGUGGCCAGCGACUGCAGCAGCGUGGCGAGCGCAGACUUCGAGGGGGUCGGGCUGGGCUACUUCGGUGCGGCGGCGGGUGAUGACGGUGGGGCGAUGGUGUUCGAGGACUCAGCAGCGUCUGCGGCCACGGUCGAGGCGGAGGCGAGGGUCGCGGCUGGUGGGAGGAGCGUUUUUGCGGUGGACUGUGUGCCGCUGUGGGGGUACACGUCCAUAUGUGGCCGCCGGCCGGAGAUGGAGGACGCCGUUGCCACGGUGCCGCGAUUCUUCGACGUGCCGCUAUGGAUGCUUACCGGCAAUGCUGUGGUCGAUGGGCUCGAUCCCAUGACGUUCCGUUUGCCCGCACAUUUCUUCGGCGUGUACGACGGCCACGGUGGGGCACAGGUUGCAAAUUACUGUCGAGAACGCCUCCACCUGGCGCUGGUGGAGCAGCUGAGCAGGAUAGAGGAGACCGUGUGUGCUGCUAACUUGGGAAACGUAGAGUUCAAGAAGCAGUGGGAAAAGGCCUUUUUGAACUGCUUCUCCAGAGUGGAUGACGAGGUUGGGGGCAAGGCGAUCUGGGGAGGCGGCGGCGGCGCAGGCACAAACGAUGCUGCUGCGGCGGUUGUGCUAGAACCUGUGGCACCAGAGACUGUAGGUUCGACCGCGGUGGUCGCUAUUAUCUGCUCCUCACAUAUCAUUGUCGCUAAUUGUGGAGAUUCACGGGCAGUGCUCUGCCGCGGCAAGAAGCCCGUGCCUCUGUCGGUGGAUCAUAAACCUAACAGGGAGGAUGAGUAUGCAAGGAUUGAGGCAGAGGGUGGCAAGGUUAUACAGUGGAAUGGUUAUCGAGUUUUCGGUGUUCUUGCAAUGUCACGAUCUAUUGGUGACAGAUAUCUGAAGCCAUGGAUAAUUCCAGUCCCGGAGAUCACAAUUGUUCCCCGGGCGAAGGAUGAUGAGUGCCUUAUUCUUGCCAGUGAUGGCCUCUGGGAUGUAAUGUCAAACGAAGAGGUAUGUGAUGUUGCCCGCAAGCGGAUACUUCUAUGGCACAAAAAGAUUGGCAUAAACUCGUCAUCAGCCCCACGAGUCGGUGAUUCCGCAGACCCAGCUGCUCAAGCGGCUGCUGAAUGUUUGUCAAAGCUUGCUCUCCAGAAGGGGAGCAAAGACAACAUUACCGUCAUUGUAGUUGACCUCAAGGCACAACGGAAGUUUAAGAGCAAAACCUAACCAUGGCUUGAGGAACAACUAGUGACCAUUUGGUAGGAACCUAUAGAUUUGGAGAAUCCAAAUUUUAGUCCGCUGCCUUAGUACAUUACUUAGCCCAGUUCUUUCUUUUCCCAGUUUUUUUCCUGCCAAGGGCUGUAUUCCCCGUAUGAUCGCAAAAUCCGCAUCAGGAUUUAUGUUUCCUGAUUGCGGUGAUGAUCCUGGUUUCCAUUCUUCUUUCUUCGUUGCCCCUUAUUCUUUUUGUUAAACUGGGCCCCUCCAUGUAUCUGGCAAUGCAUAUUUGAGCUUGUAGGGUACAAAAGAAACCUAGUGUUAUAAAGGAUUAUGUAUCCUGCCUGCAUGACGACGUGAAAUCCAGCAGUCACAUACUCGCAUGAGAUGGCUUCGUGUGGGAAAUCUUAUGUUUUUUGACA